AAGCCCAUACACAAAAGUAAUUUGGAACCCAAAGAGAGGAAUGUUUUUUACCCAAAACCCUAUCACUCAUCUCCGUCUCUCACUACUGCAUCAUCAACAACAAUUCAAAGCCGGCGAAGCUUGCCGUUCCCGCCGCCGGAGGAGAGUUUUUACUGUUGCAGUGGUCACAUGAAAUGAUCUUGGGUUGAUGUUUGUGUAUGGUAGCAGAGGAAUUUAGUCAUGAAGCUUAUUUCACUUGUCAGAAACGUUCGUUCUCGCCAAUGUCAACCGGAAGUUAUCUGGUCUGUGCAAGUUCGUUUCUUGCAGCAAGAUUCUGUCUCGAAAGCUAAACCCAAGAAAUACAAAUACCCGUCAGUUUAUGAUCCCUAUGGUCCUAGACCCCAGCCUUCAAACAAAAUCAUGGAGUUAGCUGAGUGUAUAGCUGCAUUAUCUCCAGAAGAACGGAAACAGAUUGGUCCUGCACUCAAUGAACACCUGAGGCUUCCAAAACAACAGAUGAUUUCAUCGGAUGGCAUUGGUGCAAAACAAGAUACUGGAGCUGGGAAAGUUGAGGAGAAGAAGGAGAAGACGGCUUUCGAUGUGAAGUUGGAGAAGUUUAAUGCAUCUGAUAAGAUCAAAGUGAUAAAAGAAGUGAGAACGUUCACGAGUUUGGGUCUGAAGGAGGCGAAAGAGCUUGUGGAGAAAGUCCCCGCUAUUCUUAAACAAGGUGUGACAAAGGAAGAAGCUAAUGAAAUCAUAGCAAAGAUCAAAGCUGUAGGUGGAGUCGCAGUUAUGGAGUGAGUGACUUUUUGACACUUGAAUUGUUUUUCGUUUGAUUUGGUUUGUGGUAUUGUGAUCACAUCUUGGUACUUACAGUAGAUGUUUUGUAAUAACAAAUCAAUUAGUCAUUGAGUUUUCAAGAACUUCUCUCAGUUUCAAAUUUCAGCUUUCUGUUUUGCAA